AUGGUGGCUAAACAGAGGAUCCGCAUGGCCAACGAGAAACACAGCAAGAACAUCACUCAGAGAGGAAACGUAGCCAAGACGCUGCGGCCACAAGAGGAGAAGUACCCCGUGGGUCCCUGGCUGCUCGCCCUCUUUGUAUUUGUUGUGUGUGGAUCAGCCAUAUUUCAGAUCAUCCAGAGCAUCCGUAUGGGGAUGUGA